AUGGUGAUGAAACAUGACCCAGAUCUCCUUCAGGCGGCCAUCGAAUCUGACCACCUCUUUGACGACAGCUUUGAAAACAACACUGACCACUCUGUAUCACAGAUCGUCGUGUCUGAUCGUCAGUACGACGUGAUAACGCAUCCAUGUAACAUGAACGAGGUACUUAGUGUGCGUGCUGGGCCUGGGUCUGGUAAAACAUUUACUAUCGCAGCUCGGAUCGCCCAUUUGCUCCAACUGGGCAUGGAUCCAGGUAAUAUUUUGGUGCUUUCGAUGGCCAACCGGUCCGUGGACGCUCUACGAAAUUCUCUCGCAAGUAUAAUAGGUACCGAAAUGGCCACUAGCGUGGAUAUUUCCACGUUUCAUUCGUUCUGCGGCCUGAUAAUUGACCAAUACUCUCCAGUAUUGCAACCAAGUAUGGCUAGACGGAGAAUCUUCGACAAGAAGUGCUGGUACAAUUUGGCACAGUUUUUCCUGAGUAAGCUGAUUGUGUUGGGCAACUCGAAGCUUGAGGGUCACAUAACACCGCUUCGCUUGGAUAAAUUACUUUCGGAGGUUACUAAUGGUGAUCUCUCUAUCAAAGACGCAGCACUGAGGUACAAAAUCAACGCUGACUACAUUGAGACCCUCGUGCGGUACUUGAAUAAUCAUGGCAUGAUGCGCUACGGUGACCUUGUCAAAAAUGCAUUGUCGCUCAUCGAAAUACUGAAGACUAUGGAGAGAACACACGAUCCUCAGAAUAUGAUCUUACUGGGCAUGCCUCGUUUGGAGACAUACAAAGCAGUAUUUGUGGACGAGUUUCAGGAUAUGUAUCCAUCCCUUUUAUCUGUCGUCAAGGCAAUAGUAAACUAUCCCACAUUUGGCCACGAGAAUACCAUGAAACACUUGACAAUCUCGGGAGAUCCCAACCAGAGCAUCUACGAGUUUCUUGGGGCCAAUGCUUCAUCCAUGGCCAACAUUCGCCAUGUGUUUCCAUCCAUGAAUGUUGAGGAGAAGCCAUUGGCUGAGUCCUACAGAUGCACACAACCAAUUUUGGAUGCUGCGACAGAUAUUACCUUGAGAAAUGGUGACAGGACGUCGCUAAUCUCCAAUAGAACGCCUGAUGUGCAAGUCAAGCCAGUUGUUCUCCAACAUCCCAACCAGGAGUCUGAAUUUGCUUUCGUUGCAGAUGAGAUAGUGAGACUUAUUUGCUGUCUGGGUGGACUCAUCCGUCCCAAGGACAUUGCAGUACUUACGCGAACAAAUGCCGAAGCUGAAAGGAUCCAGGCAAUACUCAAGGGUCGAUUUGGUCUCCGAAGUAACAAGAUUUCGCAAGGAAAUCUUUGGGUGACUUCCCCGAUGCACAUUUACAGAGAUAUACUCAGCGUGAUCUCUGGUGAGUCUGAUUCGAGCUUCAGUUUAUUAAAUUUGCUUCCAGUCUUAGAUCGAGCGCGGGGAUCACGCCUCCGAGCUUCGAAGUUGUUCAGUGCCAGCAUUAAGAAGGAGAGUGGAGAUAUAAACUUUCUUGAGUCAUUCGUCUUUGACGAGUUGGAGAAGAUUCAGGAUGAGAAAGGUAAAAAAGCAACUACUGAGAACAAAGUAAAGGCCGCUGCGGCUAAUAAUGAACACGAGAAGACCGAAACGGAUAAAGGGGGCCGGAAGAAGAACAAAAAUAUGAGUACGCUCGAAACUUUAUUUAAAAAUUGCAACAUGCUGCUUGAAAACAUUGCCCAAUUUCUCAAUCAGGUGCAAAUUGAGCGCAGGAAGCUUCACAAGAUCCAUCAGCGUGAUCCAUUGGGCUACAACCCACAGGCACUUGCCAAGUGCCUUGCAAAUAUGGCACGCCUUCCAGGUAUUCACGAAUAUAUUUUUAGUGACCAAAAACAUGAGUCUCCAUUCAGCAAUUACCUUGAAUCGUUUAACAAUUCACUUCAUCACUCGUUCGAAGGGUACUCUGCAAGACCGGAUCUCCAAGAAAAUUUAACGUUUGUGGACUACUUUCUCCAAGCGUACGAUAAUGAAGUUCCUGCCACUAGCAAUAAUUUGGUUCAAGUUUCUACCAUCCACUCUGCAAAAGGCUUGGAAUUCCCCAUUGUUUUCGUCUUAGGUACUGGUAAGUAUCGGGCAUAUUGGGAUUCUUAUCUUGAGAGUGGUGUGACAGACGAAAUGGGUGAAAAAUCAAAUGAGAGAAACCGUGAAAGAAGUUGGGACACCAAUGAGGCAAAGGAAGCACUGCUUGCAGUAAACAAAGAAGAGAAUAGAAGAAUCGAUCGCGAUCACAGGUCGCUGGCCGAAACAGGAAAACAAAGUGAAGUUAAACGGCGCACCGUGGGUGGUUAUGAAGGUGAAAGCGCAAAAGAAAAUACAGGUGAGAAUGAAGGAGAGAAUGAGGGAGAGAAUGAAGGAGAGAAGCACUAUGAAAAGGAAGGCGAAUAUAAAGAGGAAAGUGACAAAUCAGAAGAAACCGACCAAACCAAACCUAAGACCUUGUCGUCCUCACAUCUACUCUACGUGGCCCUUACUCGAGCACGCAACUUAGUGUACCUCGGAACGGGCCUAAGUUGGGACCGAAUGCUGUCAUCGGCACAUCGUUUAUUCGCAUGCAGUGUGCCAGAGUUGGUAACGUCGAGUUUACGCAACGUUUACGACAAGGAUUUUGGCCCACCGAUUGACGGUCUUGCACAAACCAAAGAGGCAUCCUAUGAAAAUGGCACCCAUCAAUACUCCCAUGGGCGUGCGUCUCAUGAGCAGAAUAAACUUCUCUGGGGCCUCUGCAGAGAUUUGAAUAGGGCUUAUCCUCUGCAUAGAAAGUUGGAACAAGGCCUCAAAUCGUACAUGAACAUUGUGAAUAGCACCCCCACGCACGUGAGUAAUGCUAAGCACGUGAGUCACCCUAGGCUAUCAACAAUAGUGGGGGGCACUAUAGGACCAAUUCAAACCACGUUCAACCGGAGUAAAACGUUGAUGAGGCGAGUCUAG